AUGCCCUGCAUGGUUUCCUGGGCAACUGCCGCGGAGUGGAGUCACAGCUCAGGACCUCGCCGCAGAGCCUCGGGAAAGGGCUGCCCGGGUCGAACCCAAGCACGUAUUCCGGCCCUGGCUACCCUCCCCGCGGGGCGAGCUCGGUGGCCACGCCCCGGGGUCUCCGGGCCCUCGCUGGGCAGUCGUGAGACAGCUCGGGAUCUGCAGAAACUGCUAGUCCUACCUGGGGCUAGAGUUCUCCUGGUGCUACUUGGACAGAUCGACGACCGCGGGGACUUGUGGGCGCCCCAGGUACCGCCUGAAACACGGGGCGGAGUUCGAGGCGGUUGGCGCCCGGGCAGCUUCCUGCGAGAGCUCUCCGGGUGGGGCCGGGUAGGACCGCAAAAGGCUAUGCCCGAUCGGGCUCGGGUACCUAUUACUUUUGAGGAUAUUGCCAUUUAUUUCACGGAGCAGGAAUGGCAGAAUCUAGAGGCUUGGCAGAAGGAGCUUUACCAGCAUGUAAUGAGAACCAAUUAUGAGACUCUUGUUUCUCUGGAUGAUGGAAUUCCUAAACCAGAACUAAUAUCCUGGAUUGAACAAGGGGGAGAUCCUUUCAGACACUGGGAAGAAUCACAGAAAUCAGAAAACAUAUUUUGUUCCUCUGCUGAUAAGCAUUUUGAUCCAGUUAUUGAGGAGCAGCUGUUUGGGGGAAGCCAAAAAUCUGUACAUUCAGGAGACAUUAAAUGCCGUUUCCUAUUAGACCCUCAGCAAGGUAUCUGUCAGGGACAGGGGCACUUCCAACAUAGUAACUACGAAAACAGAUUCCACCUGAAGCGUAAGCGGAAACCACGACGGCACAAGCACACUGGAAGGAAGUCACAUCCUUGCAGUAAAUGUAGCCGAUCCUUCCCUUACCCUUGGAAGCUCCGUGAACACUUGAGAGUGCACAAUGGGGAAAAGCCUUUCCAGUGCCCUGAGUGUAAAAAGCGCUUUCGUUGGAAAGGCUCUCUGUACUAUCAUCGGUACACCCACAGCAAGGAGUGGCCAUUCUCUUGUGGGGAGUGUGGCAGAGGCUUUAUCUGUCAGGGUAAGCUCACCGAACACUUCAGAGUGCACAGUGGGGAGAGGCCCUACCAGUGCCCCGAGUGCAACAAGUGCUUCCGCCGGAAGCGCACUCUGAAGAAUCACCAGAACAUCCACCACAAGGAGAAGGGAUUCUGUUGUGGGGAGUGUGGCAAGCAUUUCAUUUUUAAGUGUCAACUUGAUGACCACAUCACAGUACACAGAAAAUCCUCUAGGGCUCCAAAUGAGCCUGAUAUUAAGAAAAGGCUUAGGCGACCGUAUGUAAUGGUAGAGGAUGAUUGGAGUUGAGGUAGAGGACAACAUCCAAGCAAGAAACAGAACUUAUGUUGCCUGAGAAUUCCCAACAGUCCCCAAACUGUUAGACAGAUUUUAGGAACAGGGGCCCAUUUUUGAGCAAGAAUGUAACACUAGUUAGGAAUGUGAGAAACCACAAGGGAUUUUCUUUUUUAAACAAUCAGUUAUAUUUACUGUCCAUUGACAAAAAGAGAUAAAUGCUAUUUCUGUCAUCUUAAGUGGUAUUUCUCCCCCAAAUGGUAAGCCAGCUCUGAAAUUCCAGCUUGUAUUAAGACAGGAGAUCCCUCCAGUAACAUUCUCAAAGGUGAAAGGAUGUGGGUGUCUGUUAAAUGUCAGUUCUACUUUUCUUUUUCCUUCAGCAUAUGAUACUAAAUUGUGCAUUUAAAUCCAGUCAUUUUCAUUGCAGGUGCUGAUAUAAUGGUGCAUGUGGUUUUGAUUGAUUUAUUUUGAAACUGUUAACAAUAAAACAAGUUGUCUGAAUUUUAGUUUGUUGAUGUGAAUGCUGAAGUUUUACAGUAGGUUCCAUAGUGCCUUUGCACUAUCAAAUUGAGGAAAAGCUGACAAUUUCAGCAAAAUUUGGCUAAUCUGAGUUCAACAAACAUAAAACUGAAGGUGCUAAGAAGUAUGGGAACUAGAACUUGGACAAGAGAUUAGGGCAGCAGCUGUAGAUUGGGGAGUUCUAGAAUAUAGAUGCCAUUUGAAGCUGAGAGAUGGAAUGAAAUUCCCAAGAGUGAGUAUCUAAGCAGAUAAUUAAAAGCUGAGUCAAGACAAAAUAACGAAGAUAAAUGGCUUUAUCAGGGAGCAUUACAGUCAACAACAGUGAGUGUGGAGAGCUUUUAAGCAGGGUUCUGAUGGCAGCCUCUCUACUAUAUUUUGGGCAAGUUGCUUCAUCUCUCAGGCGGCAGUUUUCUACCUAUCAAGUGAGUUAGUCAUACCAGUCCUGCCCAUCUCAAAAGCUGUCAUGAGGAACAAUCCCCAAAAGGUUGGUGCUUUGUAAGACACCCCCACAUCUGUAUGGCACUCAGGUGAAGCAUGCUGAAGACCUACUGUUUGCCUGCACUGGUGUCAAGCGUGGAGGAACGGAGAAGGCUGCCCUCAGUGACCCACAGCUCAGUGAAGAUGUCAGACACAGUAACCACUUAAAGAACUACUGUGUGAAUGUUAUCACAGAUGUGUGAACAAAUUAUCCAGGGAGCUUGGAGAAGGGAGGAGACAUGAUUCCUCCACUCAAAUUUAGAACAUGGAGUUAGGAAUAUGUGCAGCUCUGCCUUCUAUGCAUAUGCAAAAUAAAAUGCAUCAUAUUUUUUAAAAAAUGAGGAUGCAAUUAAAACAUUCCGAGAUAAACAAAAGCUGAGGGAGUUUGUCACAACUCGACUGGCCCUGUAAGACAUGCUACGGAAAGUUCUGCCAGUUGAAAGAAAUGGACAAUAGACAAUAGAUGGAAGCUGCAUGAAGAAAUAAAUAUUUCCAGUAAGAGUAAACACAGGGAUCAAUCAAAUGCCAGUAUUAAUUGUAUUUUUAGUGUAUAACUCUGCUUUUAACUUCCUCAGGAUUUAAAAGGCAAAGCAUAAAAUGCAGUGAUCAAUAGGUGCUUUGGUAGUUGUUCCAGUUUGCUAAUGCUGCCGCCAUGCAAAAUAUCAGAUAUGGAUUUGCUUUUAUGAAGGGGGUUUAUUUGGCUACAGCUUUACAGUUCUACAGCCAUAAAAAUG